AUGGACGGCCUCGCGCUCUUCAAGCUCGUCUCCCUUGUAAGCAUAUGGGUCGUCGGCUUCAUUGGCGGUGUCCUGCCCUUCUUCAUCCGCCAGCGCAACCGCGUGCUCAUGAGCCAGCUCAACUGCAUGAGCGGUGGCGUCUUCCUCGCCGGCGGCUUCAUGCACCUGCUGCAUGCGGCGAUCGAGAACCCGGGCCUCGCGCGCUGGUCGACGAUGGACGAAGGCGCGUAUGCGUUCCCAUAUGCAGAGAUGUUUUGCACGAUCGGCUUCCUCGGCGUCUUGAUCGACAGCGACGAUCACAAGAUGGACAGCGCGCCGUUCCUCGAGCAAGUCGAGGCCGCGACGCCAUCCGUGGCCAAGAAAGGCCGGAAAAAGUCUCAUGACGACCACAUUGCGUUCGACAAGAACGCAUCGGGCACCGUGGCCUUUGUGCUCUUUGUCGCGCUCUCGUUCCACUCGGUGCUUGAGGGCCUUGGCAUUGGCGCCCAGUCGCAGCCGGCGUGGGGCGUCUUCCUCGCAAUCAUCAUCCACAAGGGCCUCGCUGCCUUUGCGCUCGGCUCGGGCAUGCUCAAGAGCCAAAUGAACAAGACCAAGUUUGUCAGCUACAUGCUCCUCUUCUCGCUCAUGAGCAUCUUUGGCAUCAUCAUUGGCUGGGCCGUGAACGCAGCCGAGUCGUCCGAAGACUCGGCGGCGGCGGGUAUCUGCCUCGCACUGGCGUCCGGGACGUUCAUCUACGUGGCUGUCAUGGAGAUCAUUCCGCAAGAGUUUUCACACGGCAAGUCGAGCCUCCAGAAGACGCUUCUGCUUUGCUCGGGGUACGCUGUCUUUGGCGCGAUCGCCAAGUGGUCGUAG